AACCUCGGGGGACUUUUUAAUCGGGGGACUUUUUAAUCUAAACAUGUGGCGUCGGUGCGUGUGAACCUCUUUCGGGUUGAAGUCCAACCAACCCAACAUGCUACGAUAUUGCAUAGAAAUCUAAUUUUGUUUGUUUGAGAGUGUGUGUGUGUGACAGUGUGCAUAGCAUAAGCAUAUAAUAAAGCAAAAAAGAUCUGUGCUUGAAUCUAUCUCCACUUUAAUUACGCGGCUUGAGUCUUUCUCUGUCACUCACACUCACCGCUCAUUCACUGUAAGAUCAGAUCUGAACUCAUCUAUUAAGGUCUGAAGUCUCAUUGCUGUUAUCAUGUCAAGGAGGCCAGUGAAUCCUUCCCGUCGGAUAGGUGAUGGUGGAAGUUUACCAUUUGUGGCCUCUAUCCAGUCUAAAUCUCAGAAUUCUCCCCUGUUAUCUAUCGGGCUUGUUAUUCUGGGUGCGAUUCUUCUGAUUGGUUAUUGUUACAGCAAUUCAGGUGGAGCUAGCAAUGAUUUUAAGGAUCUGAGUAAACUUGAAGGUGGUUCAUCAUGUACAUCAGAAGUACUACAAGCAUUGCCCAUUUUGAAGAAAGCAUAUGGCGACAGCAUGCGUAAGGUUUUGCAUGUUGGCCCUGACUCUUGUUCUGUGGUAUCUAGUUUGUAUGAAGAAGAUGAUACUGAGGCUUGGGGAAUAGAACCGUACGAAUUAGAUGAUGUCAGUGCAAAGUGCAAAAGUCUUGUACGCAAGGGCAUUGUGCGUGUGGCUGACUUGAAGUUUUCUCUACCUUACCGCGCAAAGUCAUUUCCUCUUGUCAUUGUGUCGGAUGCAUUGGAUUACUUAUCUCCAAAAUACCUGAAUAAAACCCUGCCUGAGUUGGUGAGGGUAUCUGCUGACGGUGUUGUUAUCUUUUCAGGUUAUCCUGGUCAACAAAGAGCUAGAGGUGGAGAAGUGGCCAAAUUUGGUCGUCCAGCCAAAUUGCGGAGCUCGUCUUGGUGGAUAAGGUUUUUCGUUCAAACAAGUUUAGAAGAAAAUGAAACUGCUGGAAAGAAGUUUGAACAGGCUUCAACCAAGAAGGCGUACGCACCAGCUUGCCAAGUUUUCCACCUUAAAUCAUACUCUUGAAAUUUUUACUGUCUUGUUUUAAACUUGACUUUAUGGUAAGAAACCAUACUGAUGACGCUCACACCUUGAGCACCCGAAGGGUAAAAGUUCCAUACAUUAUAUUGAAAAUAUAGUCUUGUUUGAUCCGAACUUGACAAGAUAUUAGGUUAAAUUAUGUACUUUAUUUACACUACCUUUGUAAACUAUUUUGUGUUGAUAGUUUUUUUCAUGUUUUCAUAGCAGCUCUAUGUUUCUAUAAUAUUUAUUAGUUUAGGAAAUUACUAUUUUCACAUUAUGUAUGACUUAUACAAUUCAUUUUAAAUUUAUUUGAGGCACCUCAUAUUAUUAUAAA